GAAAGCUUGAACUGUGCCAUCAAACCAAAAUCAAACCCAUUUCAAGGUACCGCCAACUAUCACAAUGCUCAGCUCCCGCCCAAUAGGGAUCGCAUUUGAGGGCGACUACCGCCACUUGCCGAAGACCCCAGGCCAUAGAAUGCUGAAAUCACGAAGUGCACUCCAGGAAAAUGUUGGCCGCCAUGUACCCGUCACAGUCGAUGGGAAAGGAAAGAAAGCUGCAUUGCAACAAACACCAUUUCACCUAAAUACCUUGCAAUCACAGAAAAUCCUGAAGGAUCAUGAUGGAACAACCAAAUUCAAGGGAAAGGAACCAAUCAUACUGGUACCCUCUCGGCCUCUGGGGGACAAAACGCCCUUCCCCAACCGUAUUGCCAACCACGCCACACCAUUGCAAGUGACAAAGCCCAUCUUCGAUGUCACGCCCGGUGCACUUCUUCGCCCAAGUUCCGCACGGAAACACGUAAGACUUCCCCGCAGCGCCAGCAAGAGCUUUCAGACACCGGUCACUGGUGGAAACCACUGGGACGUUAGUGAUAUAGACAUCAACCCAGAGGUCGCAGCGGUGCCCAAUCAACCGAUUGAAGAAGAAGAUUAUGAUGAAAUCGAGUACAUGCCACCGAAGUUAACUGACAUGCCAUACGAACCUCCAUUUGAACUUCCGGAUUAUAAAGAAGUCGGCAGAACGCUCCUCGCUCUUACCCAUUCCUACCCGAUCGACGAUGAACCGUCGCAUGCUGCAUUCACGCAAUUCACAGCACCUGAAUCUGACGCUAAAUUUUUCGCCUCAGGCGACUUAUCUCUCCCCCAUCUUGACGAUGACGGCCCGUUCUCGCGGGCUAAUCCUGCACCGAAGCCUGAGCUUGUGGCGACUCGGGCUCCUGCGCCAUUGAAGAACACUACCCGCCCAACCCAAUCUACAACUCGUCCGUUAAGGACUAUCCGCGCUGCACCCACAGCAGCCCGCCCAACUCCAGCUUCUACCUCUCACACAAGAUCUAGCUCACAAGCUGUCUCUCGUGUUGCCUCUACGCGUCUAGGACCGACAGCUUCGAAGCCAGUGACCCGCGCAGCAUCCAGUGCCACAGUCGUGAGGGGACAAACAUCUAGAACGCCUUCAACGCGUGCGCCUUCGACAGCUGUAUCUCGAGCACCAUCUACAGCCGCGAUGACGAGGACACGUCCUGCAAGUGCAUUGCCCACUGGUAUUAAACCUCAAGCAGGACUAGCGAGUGGGAAACUUGGGGCACAGCAGAAGGCAGGUACAAAUGUGAAGAGUGGUAUGUCGAUGAAGAAUGUGGUUCAAGGCGUCGGGAUUGUGUUCGGGAAUAGCUGGCAGGAAGAGGAAGAGGAAUUUAGGUUCAUUGUCUAGGUAAAUUUUUAGCUUAGAUUCGGCAUACUGUACAAUCUAGUUUGCUGUCUGGAUGACAGUGGGUGAGUUCGAAGACACCGAUAUGUCUGUC